UUAUAUCUCAGACACUGCUUAUACUUCAUUGCUCACAUAUUUCUAACACCACCAAAAUCAAUGGCCUCAACAACCAAAAUUACAGGCGCCAUUGCCACCACAUUUCUCCUAUUUUCAAUUCUAAUUUCAUCCGGCGAGGCACAAAUAUCACCGAUGGGGGCGGCUUCAGGGCCAUCGAUGGCGAUGGCCCCGGCCGCUCCGAGCCCCGGGUUGGAUUGCUUGUCAGUGUUGGUGAAUAUGUCAAGUUGCUUAACAUUUGUAGAACAAGGAAGCAACUUGACUAAGCCAGAUAAAGAGUGUUGCCCUGAACUUGCUGGAUUAGUGGAUAGUAACCCAAUUUGCUUGUGCCAAUUGCUUGGUGAUCCUGAUAAACUUGGUGUCCAGAUUGAUAUUAGUAGGGCUCUUAAACUUCCUAAUAUCUGCAGUGUAGAAACUCCACCAGUUAGCACUUGCGCAGCUUUAGGUAUCCCAGUUGCAGCUCCAACAGCAAGUGAUGAAUUAACUCCUGCUCUUUCACCUGGAGGAUUUGCCUCAAGCCCUACAUCUGAUAACAAAGAUAAAAAUGCAGCUCAAACCAUGGCAUUCUCCAAGAUGAACAUCGUUCUUGGCUUUGGAAUAAUUAUGUUUUUCACAGCUAUUUUCUGAUUGGCCAACAAUUCUUGGAAUUGACCACUUUGAAUUCUUGGUAGAUACUACAGCUUGGAUCAUUCUUAGAGACACCAAUAAAUUCUUAGGGAGUUUUUAUUUUGUAAUUUCUCAUUAUCUUUUCCAUUCUUGAUUGUAUCGAUAUUCUAGUGACAUCGAUGAAUUUUGCGUAUUCUUAUUCUGUAAUGUUUACUACGACUUUUAAUUAAGUUGUUAUUUGUUGAGAAAUUAAGUUGUUAUUUGUUGAGAACUUGA